AUGACCAACCCCGGGAUGGGUGACUGCACCCCAGCAUGCGGGGCAGAGCACAGCAGCCCCUUGCGGGGGCCCCGCCAGGUGUGCACCGUGGAUCUGACCCACCUGCCCCGACAGCAGUUGGGGCACGUGCCCAGGGAAUUUGCCCCUCAGGCAGCUGCUGACAGCCCAUCCUCCUUCAUCUCCACAGACAAUGGCCCCGUAGGCAAGCGGCGCACGGGCACGGCCACGGUGUUCGUCACUGUCCUGGAUGUGAACGACAACCGGCCCAUCUUUCUGCAGAGCAGCUACGAGGCCAGCGUUCCUGAGGACAUCCCUGAGGGCCACAGCAUCGUGCAGCUAAAAGCCACAGAUGCCGACGAGGGCGAGUUUGGGCGUGUGUGGUACCGCAUCCUUCACGGUAACCAUGGCAACAACUUCCGGAUCCACGUCAGCAAUGGGCUCCUGAUGCGCGGGCCCCGGCCCCUGGACCGGGAGCGGAACUCGUCCCACGUGCUGGUAGUGGAGGCCUACAACCAUGACCUGGGCCCCAUGCGGAGCUCCGUCAGGGUGAUGGUGUACGUGGAGGACGUCAACGACGAGGCCCCUGUGUUCACGCAGCAGCAGUACAGCCGCCUGGGGCUUCGCGAGACCGCAGGCAUCGGCACGUCAGUCCUUGUCGUCCAAGCCACAGACCGAGACACUGGGGCUGGCGGCCUGGUGAACUACCGCAUCCUGUCGGGCGCGGAGGGGAAGUUCGAAGUUGACGAGAGCACUGGGCUCAUCGUCACCGUGGAUCACCUGGACUACGAGACCAAGACCAGCUACCUGAUGAACGUGUCCGCCACUGACCAGGCACCCCCCUUCAACCAGGGCUUCUGCAGCGUCUAUGUCACUCUGCUCAACGAGCUGGACGAGGCCGUGCAGUUCUCCAACGCCUCCUACAAGGCUGCCAUCAUGGAGAACCUGGCCCUGGGCACUGAGAUCGUGCGGGUCCAGGCCUUCUCCAUCGACAACCUCAACCAGAUCACCUACCGCUUUGACACCUACACCAGCACCCAGGCCAAAGCCCUCUUCAAGAUAGAUGCCAUCACGGGUGUGAUCACAGUCAAGGGCCUGGUGGACCGGGAAAAAGGCGACUUCUACACCUUGACGGUGGUGGCAGAUGACGGCGGCCCCAAAGUGGACUCCACCGUGAAGGUCUACAUCACUGUGCUGGACGAGAAUGACAACAGCCCCCGGUUUGACUUCACCUCUGACUCAGUGGUCAGCGUGCCCGAGGACUGCCCCGUGGGCCAGCGCGUGGCCACCGUCAAGGCCCGGGACCCCGACGCCAGCAGCAACGGGCAGGUGGUCUUCUCCUUGGCCUCUGGCAACAUCGCCGGGGCCUUUGAGAUCAUCACCACCAACGACUCCAUUGGCGAAGUGUUUGUGGCCAGGCCCCUGGACAGAGAAGAGCUGGACCACUACGUCCUCAAGGUUGUGGCAUCCGACCGUGGCACCCCUCCACGGAAGAAGGACCACCUCCUGCAGGUGACCAUCCUGGACGUCAAUGACAACCCGCCGGUGAUUGAGAGCCCCUUUGGAUACAAUGUCAGCGUGAACGAGAACGUGGGCGGGGGUACUGCUGUGGUCCAGGUGAGAGCCACCGACCGUGACAUCGGGAUCAACAGCGUCCUGUCCUACUACAUCACCGAGGGCAAUGAGGACGUGACCUUCCGCAUGGACCGCAUUAGUGGUGAGAUCGCCACGCGGCCUGCCCCGCCGGAUCGCGAGCGCCAGAGCUUCUACCACCUGGUGGUCACCGUGGAGGACGAGGGCACCCCCACCCUGUCAGUGGUUUGGGGAAUUGAAUUAGCUCAUGUCUGUGGAAGCGCUUGGUAAACCAUGAGGAGGAGGAUUGUAUCAGGUAUCCAUUGUCAGAA